ACUGGUGCUGAGGAGGGAGAUCUCGCGAGAUUUGGGCCGGGUGCUUCCGGUCGGAGAGGACAGAGAAGUCGCUGCGGUAGGCGAGGAAGAAGAGGAAGGUGAAGAGAUAAGAGCACAAGUCAACCAUUUACUACCCUAAAAUAAAGAACAUCUAAAGAAAGCAGCCAUGGGAAACAUCUUUGGAAAUCUGUUGAAAAGUCUAAUUGGGAAGAAGGAAAUGCGAAUACUUAUGGUGGGACUCGAUGCUGCCGGAAAGACCACCAUCUUGUACAAACUGAAACUUGGGGAAAUUGUGACCACUAUACCAACAAUAGGUUUCAACGUAGAGACAGUAGAAUACAAGAACAUCAGCUUUACUGUCUGGGAUGUGGGUGGCCAAGACAAGAUUCGACCACUGUGGAGGCACUACUUUCAGAACACUCAGGGCCUAAUAUUUGUGGUGGACAGUAAUGACAGAGAAAGAGUAAAUGAGGCACGUGAAGAGUUAAUGAGAAUGCUGGCAGAGGAUGAGCUUCGGGAUGCUGUUUUGCUCGUGUUUGCAAAUAAACAGGACCUUCCCAAUGCCAUGAAUGCUGCUGAGAUCACAGACAAGCUGGGUCUUCAUUCUCUGCGUCACCGCAACUGGUACAUCCAGUCCACUUGUGCCACCAGUGGAGAUGGUCUCUACGAGGGGCUGGACUGGCUAGCCAACCAACUAAAGAACAAGAAGUAACGACUCCCAUCCUUACCUCUGCCUCCCCAGUGUGCGCCUGACUCUUUCUCCCCAAUCCCUUCCAUCCAAAAUGCCCUCCUCUGCCAGAAAAGGAUGGGUUUGGCUUCUGACACAGACCAACCCAUCCCUUCUGGUCCCACACUCGCUUACUUUGCCGUUUUGGUUUGGGGUGUUUUUAUCGGGUGCCGUGUUUCUUCUGAAUCAUCCAGCUGCUGUUACUUGCUCUUUAUUUGUCCUUUUGGAGAUUUUGGGUGGGGGAGGACUUGUGAGAUUUGGCAGAACCUGCCAUAGCAAUCUACCCCCUGUAGACAGGGUCGGUAAGGCAAGGAUUCGGGAGCUGUGCUGUUUUGUGUCUGUAUGUUCUGUGGAAGCUCCCUGUGCUGAAGACUGAGAGAUGUAUUUGGCUUAUUGUGUUUGUUUUUCAAGGCAGGUUGUUUCAAUGCUUCAUACAAGACAGUUUCGUGAUGCAACAAAGUAAACUGUACUUUCCUUUGUUUUGAAGAAAAGGUUAGUUAAGGUUGGGUCCUAUUAAAUCACUUGAAUUACUACUGUAAGGCCAUUGUAUAAUCUAUCCACCUUUUAUUAUAAAUCUGGAUAAUCUGUAAUCUACUGAAUAUGGAACUCACUCCAGAUAUCUACUGUGGUAUAAAUCGGCACAGAGUUUACACUGGUAUUCCACCACUCUGGUGCUCCACUUUGUGGCACAUAAGAGCUGGCUUUUAUGCUCUGUUUGAAUAGAGGUAUUAAAACGAAAUGUAUGGCAAUAAAGAUUCAACGGUUGUAAUCAAAAUGGGUUUGGUAUGCUCUGAUCGUUACUGCUGACUGCAAAAGCCAUAGUAUUUCCUUAGCAACUGUCUUGAGCCAGUGGGAGAGUUAAAUGUAUAUGAACUGUGCAUGUGGGUUGUGCUUUUAAUUUCUAAACACCUGCUAUAAUGAAAUAAGAGGUUAUUUGAGCACAUUGUGCUCCAGUAGUUAAAACCUCACCACCCUUAUUUAUAAUGACUGGAGCAGCUCCCAAUGAUGUCACUGUAGAAGUCUACACUCCUCCUGUCAGUUACAUCACUGGGAGUUCAUCCAGCUGGUAAAAAACACAUGCAUCUAUUUGCAUUAAAUGUUAUUACCAUUUUUUUAUAAUCUGCAAUGACACUUCUAUUCAAACUUGAUGGUUGUGAAAUCUUCCUUUUGUUUUUUUUCCUAUAUGCUUUCUCAUGAUAAUUCUUCUGUAUAUGAAGGAACAGAACAUUGCGCUCAUGGUUUUAGGGUGAAUCGAUUUGCAACUUGUUACUCUCUGUAAAGCAAAAGGCAUGACAGGGAUUUAGUGUUAAGGUGAUUCAUCUUUACAUCAUAGAUUUGAAACAGAUUUUCCAAGUGACCUUUUUCUGUGUGCAGAAUGUUUUCAGAUGGAAUAAUGGGGAUUAUUUUCUUCAGGGGAACUGGGAAUACAGAACAAAAUUAUUUUUCGUAUGUGUAUUUUUUUUUUCUUUCUAAUUCAGAACAAAUUCUAAUAUAUUGUGUCCUUUGGACACAGGAUGGGUAAGUGUAGUGCAAAACAGAUAGGUCAGCAUGGGAUAAGGACAGGGAUAAGGAUUAAGGUAUCCAUUGUACUCUCAACCAGAUUCAUAUUUGUGUUGGGUUUGCUUUCUAUAGUCAUUGGUUAGAUUUUUGCCUUUGAGUCUUGAAAAUGCAACCACUUACAUUAAUAACUGGAGUAUUCCACAAAAGAGGAAAGUUUGGUAUCUUGCCUAUAGGUUUGCUAGUGCUGCAAUACACUUGUCUGAGCUUUUCAUUAUAUUUUUGCUUAUGAAUAGGUCCAAAAGGAUAUAAUACACUCUUAAAGCGGUAGUAAAGUCCACUUUUUCAGUUGUACCUACAGGUAGGCCUAUAAUGAGGCUUACAUGUAGAUACAGUGAAACUCUCCUAAACGUUUAGGAGAUAUUCACAUUUGUAGCAGCCUGUGACAUCACCGGCCUAUGCGCUGCACUCUGAAUGGACAUCACUCUGACUCAAGCGGCUGGAGCCCGCAAACCCGGAAGGAAGACCAGGUGAAGAUGGAAGCCCUGUCAGGGGUGACAGUGUGCCGCUAGAAGGAUCUGUUUCACAGGUAAGUCUUUCAUAAAGUGCUAGUAUGCUGUGUAUACUAGCACAUUACGCCAUUAACAUCCAGGAGGACUUUUUUUAUGACUUUGCUACUGCUUUAAAGAUUUCUUACACAGUCCUAUACAAAAUAAAGAAGGUUUGAUGCAAGUAUUAAAGUGGACCACAUAGAGUUUACUUGUAUAAACAAUUACAUUAGUAAACCUAUUAUACAGAGAAACCUUAUUUGUGCCCAAUGUAGUUCCAUGAUACUGUGUACUAUUUACAAAGGAUAACAUUUCACCACCAAAUAGUGCAAACUGCAUCCUGCCCUCCCGCAAACAGAUGAAGACACCCAAGUUAACAAUAGAGGCACUCUCGAUGGUUUGUUAGAAUGUAGGGUGUAGUUUCAGCAAUGAGAAGGAGGUGAAGUUAAAACCACUGCAAACUAUGCACUUGGAACCGUGGGCUGACUUGUGGGAAGAGAUGUCUUUGUUUAUUAGAGGAACUGGUAGGCACUGGUAAGCCUCGUAUUAGGCUUAAAUUAUCUGUACACCUUUAGAUUCCCCCACCCAUCCACACCAAACAGUUUGGAUGAAGGAAUCUUUCCCGCCGGUUUAUGUUUUUAGCAGCCGGGGUAAUCUGGGGUUUCUAAAUACCCAGUGACUGUAUCUGAUUGGAUGCAGUCCGUGCUCCGCUGCUAGUUUUCCACCCAGCUCCUUCGACAUAUCUUGAUUGAAAAACUGACAAUUGAUCGGCUUGGUGGUGCCAAAAGGGCCGCCCAGAACUCUUAUUCAAGCAGUAUUUUGCUACCUUUUUAUGCUUUUUAACAGUAUUUGGUCGGUUCCCUUUUAUAAAGUAUUGCAUAGCAUGUUAUUCAUGCCAGUAUUUCCACACAGCUCCACCUCAACAGCCAAGGGAAGUAGUACUUGCAAAUUGUUGGCCAGCAAAUAAAUAAUAUAGCAAACAUGGCAAAGUGAAACCACGCUCCUUUUUACUGAAGAUAUGGUAAAAACAGAAGGCUGUCUUACCAUGAAAUACAUUUGAGAGAAGUGUAGUAAUUGCAGUUUGUUCCAGCUGAAAUGAGGAACAUUCAACUGUAGAUUAGUCCUUUGAAUGUUUUCUUGCACCCCAACAAUUCAAAAAAGCAUUAACCAGGAGUCAGAUUUUUUUCAUUGACUUGUCUAAUUAUUUCUGAUUAUAUCUACACAUCCCUGCAAGUUCCAUUUAAUUACAUUAAUAAUAUUUCAAGCUUGACAGCAUUACUAUUCUGUCUCGUUAUAGUCUUCAAAAUGUAGGCCCAUGGUCCAUUGUAUAUAUCGAUUCUGUAUUUCUUUACUACUUGUGUUAUUUUAUUUUUUUAUUUUUUGUUUACAAACUUUUUAUACUUCCUGUGUUAUUUUCACGACAGUAUUCAGAAUUCCAAUAUUAGACUCACCAUAAAAAUUCAUACAUUUAUAGCUUGCCAAUUUUUUACUUGAAGUAAGUUGGUCACACACCAGCAGAUCUGAAUGCUCAAGUGGACCAUAUUUUCCCAAUCACUGAUGUACUGUAUGUAUCCCAAGUGGUAAUUCAGCCAGGUUCAGAAGGUGCUUCUGACCAACCCAGUAUAAGAAUCGGUUCAGUUAAGGAUACCGCUGGAUCCCUGGACAGGUAAGUGUCCUUAUAUUAAGAGUCAUAUACAGUAUUUGUAGCUGACUUUUUGGGGGGAGUCUGGAGCUCCUCUUUAAUGGUUUGCCAUUUGAAAACGAAUAAUCUUUAAAAGAGUUCAGAGCCAUUGAACAUAAUAUUGACCAUAUUAUUAAUAUGGUAAAUAUCCUGAGACCUUGAUUACUGGUAAAUGUUGGGAAGAGACCCAAUCUGGCAAAUGUGCUAGUAAAUCUGACUGGUGGGUAGACUUUAUAAAUGCAAUAAAUCUUCAAACACUUGUCCCAGUAGCAAAUGGUUGGUGAGCUAUAUGCCACUUUAUGAAUACUACCCAGUAGGCUGGUUUUUAUAGGUCCGCUUCCCUAAAAUCUUUCUUUUCCUGUUCUGACUGCGAACACUGCCAAUAUAUCUCCUGUCUGUAACUUUAUUUCCUUUCAUCACUUUUUUAAAUAACACAGAAAGGAAGAAAAGGCUGGACAUCGGAUUCCUGUAGAAUAUUUGCUGUAGGAGGAUCCUGGUUGGUAGGAAAAGCAGAUGCUGCAGGUCAGAAAAGGAAAAGACAAAUGUACAUGAAUGGACAUUACAUUGCAUCUCUUUUGGAGAGCUGCAAAGAUCUGCUAAAAAGUGUGUAAUCAUUUAAUGUAUAUUGCCAGCUGAAGCUUCCACGGUAAAUGACCUCAAUAAGGACAAAGAAAUGGUCCUAGAGGUCAGGAUAAUGGAUUGUAACCAUUUAAUCACAUGGUAGGAAAUAACGCUGGAAUGCAUCACAAUAAAAAGGUGUUUUAAUAUAUUUAGGUGGAAUACUAGCAGUAUUUUGUUGAGAAAAUAUAUUGAGGCACAUUCAAGUUUUUUAGGAAUGCAUGUUCAUUCACUUAUUCUUCAUAUAUAUUAUAGAGAGGAAAAUGAAGGAAGGUGUGCUCAGGUCUUAAAGAUGUUCUAGGGAUGAAGGUUUGUUUAUAAACCCGUUUUUUUAAUAUCACAUUAGGCAGCGCAGGGGGAUUGAUUACCCUUAGGCAACUCUCCAAAAAGUGAUGGCUUUGGUUAGCUCUUUAUUCAAGUGGGGGACUAGAAAGAAAGGAGCCCAAAGCAGAACAUACAAAGUCCAGGUUUAUGUUUUAUUCAGAAUCUUGUUUUUGGAGCUCAAAGGUCCUCUUUAUCAGAGUUGUGCUUUUUUUCAGCAAUGAUGAAAAGGGGUCCUUAAGGCUGGGUUCACACUACUGUGAAUUGGAUGCAGGUUUCCCCUCAUUCAAUAUGCAUGUCAGGAGAUUGUGACCGGCUCUCUAUGGAGCCAGUUUACACAUCUCUGGAGCGGCUCGGAGUACUGUAUGCGUCUUCUGGUACCUUUCAGGUCCAAAUUCAGCCAAAAAGUUGGGCUGAAAUGGUGAACAGGGCAGCACCGCGCCUCUGCUGUGAGCCGCUCCAUGCUGCGGUGUGAACAUAGCCUUAUACUCUCAAACGUGUGGAAUUUUUUAAGCAUUUCAUGGAAGGACAGUCAUCUGUACUUCCUACACUUCUACAAAUGAUGCAUGUCCUAUCUGCUGCUGGUGGUAGAUAAGCAUGCAGAGCUGUUGACAUAAAUGUAUGCCUCAGACACAAAUUGUAUGCUGGAAUUAGCCCUCUGUAGUGAAAGUUCAGGUGGCGAGGCAUGGCAAUUUUUAAAAUCUUUAUACUGUUAAGUAUUUUUUUUAUUUUUGUGGGGCCUUUUUAUAGCUGGAUCCUGCAGUGUACUCCACACUUCAUCUACAUUUUACAUUUCAUGCAUGAAAGGCAGUCUGCAGUGUGGAGCUUGUAGUGUCCCACAUAAUACUGCAAACAAACCCCUGUGUUUGUGAAGCGGCUGGCCACAUGACUGACAGGUUAUGUGACCAGGCUGUCUUUCUCCAAGCUUAUUAUUUAAUGAAACGAAUAGCACUUUGAAGCAUAAUGGACAUUUUUGAAGCACAACGCUGUGCUUUAUAAACAUACUAUUUUGCAGUGGUACAGCCACACUAAGGCAAUAAGGCUGCUAUAUAAAUGGGGACCUACGUGUUGGUGAUCUUCCUCUGUUAUUUCCUAUGUGCUAUCUUCUGGUCAUGAAGACUCACAGUAUAAACCAGUGAUGGCGAACCUUGGCACCCCAGAUGUUUUGGAAUUACAUUUCCCAUGAUGCUCAUGCACUCUGCAGUGUAGUUGAGCAUCAUGGGAAAUGUAGUUCCAAAUCAUCUGGGGUGCCAAGGUUCCCCAUCACUGAUAUAAACCAUGGUAACUGGGGUUUGCUGGAAAAGAGCUGGUGGAGGAAAUGUAGAGGCAUGAAGUGCCAAUGCCUAUGCAAUCUUGGGAGAAGUUGCAGCCUUGGUCCCCUAUGACUGUGUCAGAAUGGAUCCCUUUCCCAGAAUUGCUACCCAUAGACUCCUGGGUAUACUAAAUCCCUUCCUGCCCUGGUGUGUUAAAAACAAGUGGCAUUUAUAAACCUGAGCUGCCAUUAUGCGCUUUCAGACUAUGUAGUGCAAUUUUUACAUUAGGGACCAUUUUGUUUAAUCCAGUGAUGAUUGGUUUGAUAUUUAUUGAUAUUGUUUGGUUGUAAUCAGGUUAUUCUACAUGUUUUUUUCUUCUCCUCAGUUAAUUGAUGCUGUUUGCCUCAGUAGACUCUUUUCACUUGUGCUCUUUAUCUUUUACCUAUGGUCUGUGUGAUGUAUAGUGGAACGUAUGGUUCAAGCUGGGUAUUUUUUUGUUUGUAUAUUUUGGAAUGUAAGCUGUAUGUGUUCAAAGAAAAGAAUUAAACCACUGGAAGCAAAA